AUGGCGAAGCUGAUGGGUGGUGGUGUUGGAGCGGCUACCGUCGUGUGGUGCUGCCUCCUUGUUGGGGCGUUGGUGCUGGGGCUCCGUGGCGUGGUGGUGCAGGCGGAGCGCAUCAGCCCAGAGGAUGUUGUCUACUUGGACGUAGAAUCAGGAAGGGUGAGCGAGUACACGGUGUGGGGACAAGUGCUGGGCGGCUUCGAACACGUCAAAGGGCUGGAGAAGGGCGAACCGCCUGAGAAGCCGAGCAAGGUGGUGCAGAUGCGCAUCCCUGGCGAUGAGGACAUGGACUGCGUCGACCACCACGACCUCUGUGUCUGGUGGAGCAUGCCCGGGGAACUCGGCUUUUCCAAAGAAGGCGAGUGCAAACGCAACGAGGAGUACAUGCGGAAGACGUGUCCGCUUUCCUGUGGAUACUGCCCUGUCCUUGAGGAGCGCCAGCCUCCAUGCAUCGACCUCUACAAGGACUGUGAGAAGUGGGAGUCCAGCGACGAGUGCAACCUCAACCCGCACUGGAUGGCUAACAACUGCCGCAAAGCGUGCGGCAAAUGCUGA